AUUUAUUUUUGUCAGUUAAUUAUUAAUUUUCUUCGCUUGCAGGUACAACCACAAUGAAUAAGAUAAAAAAUAACUGGUUCUCGGAGUCCUGCGAUAUGUGGCCAGGUGCCACGUUUUCAUUCGAAGUUACAGAAGUGCUGCAUGAAGAGAAGUCCCAGUUCCAGAAUAUUCAAGUGUUUGACACUAAAAGUCUCGGGAAAGUGCUUGUACUGGACGGCAUCAUACAGUGCACUGAGAAGGAUGAGUUUUCGUAUCAGGAAAUGAUAUCUUUUCUACCAUUAUGCUGUCACAAAAAUCCUGAAAAAGUACUUAUAGUUGGUGGUGGUGAUGGCGGUGUUGCCAGGGAAGUUGCUAAACACCCAAAAGUGCAAACAAUUGUACAGGUAGAAAUAGACGAGAAAGUUAUUGAAGUAUCCAAAAAAUUUCUGCCAUUUAUGGCUGUGGGCUUUGAGAGUGACAAACUGACUCUCCACGUUGGAGACGGGUUCGAGUUCCUCAAAAACCAUCGCGAGGAGUUUGACGUCAUCAUUACUGACAGCAGCGACCCCAUUGGCCCAGCGGUCAGUUUGUUCGAAGAAAAUUAUUUCUCUCUGAUGAAAAGAGCGCUUAGACCGAACGGCAUCGUUUGCUCUCAAGCUGGUACCAUUUGGAAUGAUCUAGAACUCGUCAGUAGUACACUGAAGUAUUGUAAGAAUCAGUUUGCAUCCGUCGCGUACGCUUACACCUCGGUUCCGACGUAUCCGUCGGGGCAGAUAGGCUUCGUCAUCGGUUCUUUGAACAAGGACGUGAAAUUCGACACGCCAGAUUUGAUCUUCUCCCGGGAUGACGAAAAGUCUAUGAAUUUGAGGUACUACAACAGCGAUGUGCACAGAGCAGCAUUUGUUUUGCCAACUUAUGUAAAAUAUGAUCUAACAUAAAUUGUUUUCUGAUCAGUAACCGUAGCACAAACCAAUAUCGAAUUCGAAU